GCUCUCUGUAAAACAAGUGCACUGGUAUGUAGGGUUAGUGUUCUAGCUGGACACUCAACCAUGUUCGUCCUCGGCAAGGACACCACAGCAUGAGCGAAGGUUAUCUAGAGAAGCCAUUACAAGAAGGUACAUUUUAAAGCUGGAAAUAAGUCCCAGGACAGCGGCAUCGCUGAGAUGGAGGAGCUCCCUGUUCCUCAGAACAUUAAAAUCAGCAACAUCACUUGUGACUCUUUUAAGAUCUGCUGGGACAUGGACUCCAGGGCUAAGGAGCGCAUCACACACUACUUUAUUGACCUUAACAAGAAAGAGAACAAGAAUGCCAACAAGUUCAAACACAAGGAUGUCCCAACAAAGCUGGUAGCUAAGGCAGUUCCUCUGCCCAUGACAGUGAGAGGCCACUGGUUUCUGAGCCCACGUACAGAGUACACUGUGGCCGUGCAAACAGCAUCUAAACAGAGUGACAGAGACUACGCUGUCUCUGAGUGGAGUGAGGUUGUGGAGUUCUGCACAGCCGAUUACUCCACGGUCCAUCUCACACAGCUGCUGGAGAAAGCCGAGACUAUCGCUGGGAGAAUGCUGCCCUUCUCUGUCUUCUAUCGCAACCAGAACAAAGAGUACUUUGACCAUUCGAGGCAUGCGCAGAAAAACAAGAUGCUGCCGUCAGUGAAGGACAACAGCGGCAGUCACGGCUCACCCAUUAGCGGCAAGCUGGAAGGCAUCUUCUUCAGCUGUAACACCGAGUUCAAUACAGGCGCCCCGCCGCAGGACUCGCCGUACGGCCGCUUUCGCUUCCAAGCCCCAGCCGAGUCUCUCUUCAACCACGACACUAACUUGUACUUUGCAGAUUUCUACUGCAUGUACACGGCUUAUCACUACGUGAUCCUGGUUUUGGCGCCACGUGGCUCACCAGGUGAUGAAUUCUGCAAGCAGAGGCUCCCGUUGCUGGAUAUCGCCAACAACCGCUUCCUGACGUGCACCGAGGACGAAGAAGGGAGGCUUUUCUUCCAACAUGCACAAGACAUCAUCCUUGAGGUGAUUUAUACAGACCCGGUGGACUUGAGCCUGGGCACGGUGGCUGAGAUCAGUGGGCACCAGCUCAUGAGUCUGUCUACAAUCAACGCCAAGAAGGACCCCAGCUGCAAGACCUGUAACAUCAGCGUCGGCCGCUAAAUCCUGUUCAAGCACCCCCUGUUGUUCAGUUCGGUUCUGUUCUACCUGUUUGUUUUCCUUGAGGUCUUUUCUUUUCAUUAACUGUAAUAACCCUGUAGGAGUCUUAAGUCUCCUCGACAGCAUGUGUCUCUUCUCUCAAGCUUUUUACCAAACACUCAGCUCUUAUUGAGUAUAUUCGACUGUAGCUCUAUUUUUCUAUCCGUAUCCGGAGGCGUCGUUAGGACUAUCCUCGUGUCUCCUUGUUCGCUCCUUUAAUCCUUAUUGGCUGUGAAACUUUAAACCGUGUUUUAGAGUUACAAUGUCAUAUUUUGCCAAAGGUGACAACAUAAAGUAGCAUCAUGGUCAAGCUGAUAAUGUAGCUGGAUAUAAACUGUAUAACACGACUAUAUACUGUACGUGUGUAUUAAUAUUACACAUUAUCUGAAACAUUCUAAAGAGCAUAGUAGAAAGUGAAAACUGAUGACUUUCUUGUUAUUUAUUCCAAUCUAAAAACCUACUAUACUGUGUCUGACACUUAAUAAACAUUGCCAAGUAGUAGAAAUAGAAAAAUAUUUAUUUUUUAACCGGCGUAUAGAAAACGGAACGGACUAGAAGGGCACAAUACCGAGGACUUUGGGACAGGAAAUGGAUGCACAUGAGAGCAGAAAGAAAUUUCUCAAAAAAUGAAAUUUGCACAAAUCUACUGCAUAAACCAAUGCAAAAUUAACAUGCACUAAAAGCUAUCAUUCAAAUAGCGAAAUAGUCAUCGAGGUUGGGUACGUCAAUUCAGACUGGGAACCCAGCAAACAUGACAGCGAACAAACCACACACUCGAUCGUACAAGAUCUUGACAAUUCCAAGUCGGCCUGGCAUGCAAGACACAAAACACAAUUGUUCUAUAUAUGUUGUUGCAGUUAAAACAGCAAAACAGGGUUGGUGUAAUCUGUACUGAUUGUUGAUUUCUUUCUUCUUUUUUUUUCAGACCAUAAAAAGGAUCAUUGUGCUUCAGAGCAAAGUCAAAUUUCUAUUAUUUCUUUUUUUUUCUUUGAAUCUUGUCAUUGUCAUUUUGCCCUUCCUUUAAGAGGCUUAUUAACGUGUCACAGUUCACUUUGUUUCAUUUUAGUACAAAAAAAAAAAGAAAAAAGGAAGUGUAAUAGAGGGACACAUUCACAAUAGGUCACAUUAUAGUUCACAUCAGUUGCACUAAAACAAGCUGUUGUGUGCUUCAGCAGCUGGUAAGUUUGCAUAUGAUUAUAAAUCUAAAUAAGUGCUCUGGGUUUUAGCAUAAAAGUUCGGCGCUCUCUCGCGACAACAAACCCCCGGCCCACUUAUCCACCCGCCCACCCGCCUUGACCCUGAGCAUCAUGGUCCGAUCGUCUGAGAGCACGCUGUCAUUGUGUUUCAGAUUACAUCAGAAUGACAAAAAACUCAGAACAAGAAACCAAGAAAAAUUGCAUAUUGAUUAACGCUUUGGUUAAAAAAAAAAAUUAAAGUGCCAUAUUUUCAGCAUUUCUU